AUGUCUGGCGACGAAACAAAGCAGAAGGCCCACGAGGAGAGCGACUCUGAGGACGAGAGCGGCGACGAGCAGAUUGUCGCCAUCGACAUUGAUCCCUCAAAACUCACCCCCCUCUCCCCAGAGGUCAUUUCGAAACAGGCCACGAUCAACCUCGGUACUAUCGGACAUGUAGCCCACGGAAAGUCGACUGUCGUGAAGGCCAUCUCGGGCGUCAUGACUGUCCGUUUCAAGAACGAGCUUGUCCGUAAUAUUACCAUCAAACUUGGUUAUGCAAACGCGAAGAUAUACAAGUGCGAAAACGAGGCAUGCCCUCGACCCGGCUGCUAUCGCUCCUACCGCUCCGACAAGGAGGACAACCCCCCAUGCGAGCGCCCCGGCUGCAACUCCCGCAUGAAGCUCGUCCGCCAUGUCUCCUUCGUCGACUGCCCUGGGCACGACAUUCUCAUGGCCACCAUGCUCAACGGUGCCGCCGUCAUGGACGCCGCGCUAUUGCUGAUUGCCGGGAAUGAGACGUGUCCCCAGCCCCAGACGAGCGAGCACUUGGCUGCCGUCGAGAUCAUGAAGCUCGAGAACAUUAUCAUCCUCCAGAACAAGGUCGACCUCAUCAAAGAGGAGCAGGCCCUCGAGCACCACAAGAGCAUCGCUGCCUUCGUCAAGGGCACCGUCGCGGAGUCCUCACCGAUCGUGCCCAUUUCGGCCCAGCUGCGGUACAACAUCGACGCCGUGAACGAGUACAUCGUGAAGCGGAUCCCGAUCCCCGUCCGCGACUUCACCGCCGACCCGCGCCUGAUCGUCAUCCGUUCCUUCGACGUCAACAAGCCCGGCGCGGAGGUCGACGAGCUCAAGGGCGGCGUCGCAGGCGGCUCGAUCCUCACCGGCGUCCUGCGCCUCGGGCAGGAGGUCGAGAUCCGCCCGGGCAUCGUCACCAAGGACGCGCAGGGCCGGAACCGGUGCAAGCCCAUCUUCUCGCGCAUCGUGUCGCUCCACGCGGAGAGCAACCACCUCCAGUUCGCGGUGCCCGGUGGGCUCAUUGGUGUGGGCACGCGGAUCGACCCGACGCUGUGCCGUGCGGACAGGCUCGUCGGGCAGGUGCUGGGUGCGGUGGGCAAGCUUCCCAAGAUCUUCACCGAACUCGAAAUCAGCCUGUUCCUGCUCCGUCGACUGCUCGGUGUGAAGACGGAGGACAAGAAGCAGACGAAGGUGUCCAAGCUCGUCAAGAACGAGCUCCUGCUCAUCAACAUCGGCUCGACGUCGACCGGCGGUCGUGUGCUCAGCGUCAAGGGCGACCUCGCGAAAAUCCAGCUGACGUCGCCAGCGUGCACUGAGGUCGGCGAGAAGGUCGCGCUUUCAAGACGUAUCGAGAAGCAUUGGCGACUUGUCGGGUGGGGAAGCGUGCAGCGCGGCACCGUUCUCGAGGUCGACUAG